AUGGCGACUCGUGAAGGGAUCAACCCUUUGCGGCCCUACUAUAUCCCUCAGUCGGGCUUGUCGCCCACCGCGACAAACGUCAGUACCGAGGUGACGUCGUCCUCAUCCGCCCAAGUGUUUGGGAGCUCGGCGCGCCAUCUCAUCCCAGAUAUUGACUAUGCCGACUAUCUCGACUCUUCGCCAUCGGUGUCGGAUUGGGUCCGCGAUAAUCUGAACCGAGCUCUCGUGCGAUACAGCAAGGUUCUUACCGCGCAGCCUUUUGAUGUUGCCAAAACCAUCUUGCAGGUGUAUGUCGUGCCAGAUCCUAUAGAGGAACAGGAGGAGCGGAAGGGAACUCCGGGAGCUGAAGGCAGCCAUUAUGACUCGGACUCUGAAUCAUCGGGCGAUGAGAGCAUUUACUUCACAUCGGCAGCGCCGGCUACACCGACCCCCACAACACCGCGAACCCGAAGGGGUCGACACCAUCACAUCACCGACCGCAGUGGCUACAUUCGCCUAGAGAAGGCACCAGUCCCAUCCAAACAUGCGCUCACUCUCCGCAAUCCCAAUUCCUUAAUGGAUGUACUCUCCCAGCUGUGGUCAACCAGCGGACCAAGCUCUCCAUGGAAGGCAUCCAACGCCACCUUCAUCUACUCACUACUACUUCCAACCCUCAACACCUUUAUCCGCAGUCUCUUGUCUGCUAUCGUGGGCCUACCAGAGGAGGAUAUUGCUUCGUCAAUGGCAGCUGAUAUCCUGACGGUUCCCUCUCCGCUGGCCACACUCAUCCUCUCCUUCAUCUCAUCGUCCCUCUCCGCGAUUCUCCUCUCCCCCAUCGACACAGCGCGCACCUUCUUAAUGCUCACGCCCGCAACACACGGCCCACGCUCCCUCAUCCGCGCCAUUCGCCAGCUUCCCACUCCCAACUGCACCAUCCCACCGCACCUCGUCCCAAUUACCAUUAUCCACUCCAGCUUGCCCAAUUUCAUCACGACAUCAGCACCACUUUUCCUCAGAUCGUACCUGUCGAUUGACCCCCUCCUCAACCCCUCUAUGUGGAAUCUCUUCAGUUUCCUUAGCUCGGGCCUCGAACUCGCCGUGCGCUUUCCCCUCGAGACCGUCCUCCGCCGCGCCCAAAUCGCCACCUACACUUCCCUCAGCUUGCGCCAGAAAUCCUCCGGCGGCAGCAUUCGGGCUGCGUCUAUCGACGCUUCGGAUGUAGAGACUAUUGUUCCUACGCCACGGACCUAUCGUGGUAUCGUGGGAACCAUGUGGCACAUCGUCCAUGAGGAGGGCGUCAGCUCUGCACCCUCCGAUGCCGAGCGCGCUCGCAUUGCCGUCGGCCGACCGACCACUCAGCAGCAGGUCUCGAAGCGCCAGCAAGGCCAGGGUAUUCAGGGUCUGUACCGUGGCUGGCGCAUUGGUAUGUGGGGUAUCGCUGGUAUCUGGGGAGCCAGCCUGCUAGGCGGCUUCGCUAGCGGCAGCGAGGAGGAGGUGAGCAUGCUAGGUGGACACGGCCGGUCCAGUGGCGGGCGCUUCUAA